GGCUGAAGGGAGCGACGGAGGCAGCAAAGGAGUAGUGGAGGUGGGGCGAAGGCGGGGCGGCUGGCUUCCCCGGCUGAGCCCGGGCCAUGGGGAAAGAGCAGGAGCUGCUGGAGGCCUCCCGCACUGGGAAUCUGCCUGCUGUGGAGAAACUGCUGUCAGGCAAGCGCCUCAGCUCGGGCUUCGGGUCUGGUGGCGGCUCCGGGUCCUCAGGGGGAGGCGGCAGUGGAGGUGGCGGCGGCGGGGGGCACCCGCUUUCCAGCCUUCUCAGCAUUUGGAGGGGACCAAAUGUGAAUUGUGUGGACAGUACUGGAUACACUCCGUUGCACCAUGCUUCUUUGAACGGCCACAAAGAUGUAGUGGAAGUUCUGUUGAGGAAUGAUGCAUUAACAAAUGUGGCUGACUGCAAAGGCUGUUAUCCUCUUCAUUUGGCAGCUUGGAAGGGAGAUGCUGAGAUAGUGAAACUGCUAAUACACCAGGGACCAUCUCACACUAAAGUGAAUGAGCAGAAUGCUCUUGAGAUCAAAGAAUUCAAAAAGUACGGCCCCUUUGACCCCUAUAUCAAUGCCAAGAAUAACGACAAUGAGACGGCUCUGCAUUGUGCAGCUCAGUAUGGUCAUACAGAGGUGGUGAAGGUUCUCUUGGAGGAGUUGACUGACCCUACCAUGCGCAAUAACAAGUUCGAGACACCUCUUGAUUUGGCUGCACUCUAUGGGAGAUUGGAGGUUGUGAAGAUGUUGCUCAAUGCUCAUCCCAAUCUUCUAAGUUGCAAUACUAAGAAACACACCCCUUUACAUCUGGCAGCUAGGAAUGGCCACAAAGCUGUUGUACAUGUUCUUCUGGAUGCUGGCAUGGAUAGCAAUUACCAGACAGAAAAGGGCAGUGCUUUGCAUGAAGCUGCUUUGUUUGGCAAAACAGAUGUGGUACAGAUACUGCUAGCUGCAGGUAUUGAUGUGAAUAUAAAGGAUAACAGAGGUCUGACAGCUUUGGAAAUUGUGAGAGAACUUCCUUCUCAGAAAAGCCAGCAAAUAGCAGCACUCAUUGAAGAAUGUACAACUGGGAAGAACACGGAAAAAGAAGAAGAAAAGAUAGCUUCCGUUAUAUCUACUGAUGCUUCAGUUCGGGUACCCCAAGGAAAUGUGGAAAAAGUAACAGAACUGAUCGCAGAUUUUGAUGGAAAGCAAGAAGAGUGUCCAUAUGAAGUUCUAUACAAUGCCACAUCCUGUCAUUCUUUGGACAGUCUGGCCAGUGGAAGAUCAUCAGACAGAGACUCAGUGACUAGGGAAGUGGAGAUGAUCAGUGUUAAAGGAACAGGAAUGAGACCUAGAGAGCGCCCACCCCCUCCUGCCAAGCCUCCCCCUGAUGAAGAGGAGGAGCCUGAAGAGAAGAAGCUGAGUGCCUCUUCUAAGGGUUUGGUCGCUAAGAGGAAGAGCAGGGGAAGCACAGCAGAUGAAGAGGAAGAGCAUCCCUAUGAGCUGUUGCUAACAGCAGAAACGAAGAAGCAUGUUGCUGUGGAUAAAAAAACAAAAGGCGAAUCAUCUUCAGGUGCUGCCAGCAGUGUCCAGCCUCCGGCCUGGCCACGGAAGGGUCUGCCUUUUCAGGAUGGCCAAUGGCCACUGAAUUGCCAAGGUUCUUCUGACCUUUCAUCUAGCCAUUCUGAACAGCAACAAAGCCCUGAAUCACACUUGAUAGAAGUCUCAACAGACAAGAGGAGCAGCAGCAGUAACCACAGCCAAGCAGAUGCCCAGGAUGUCCAAGUACUGGAUCAGUUCUCAGGUCUACUACAUGGUUCUUCUCCGGUGUGUGAAAUAAAUGAGGACCCUUUCAGACUCAUUUCUGCUGUUGGUAAAGGAAGUACAGAGGGGACUGCUAUGCAGCUGGAGGACAUUGAUGCAUCAGGAACGGUACAGACUAGCACUGCAGACCAAAAUAAAGUGGUCUAUUCAACCAUCUGCCAUACAAGUGACAAACUGGAUCCUGAAAAUUUAGCACAUCUUCACUUACCACAACAUCCUGCUGGUUCAGAGGAAGGAGACAAGAGCAGUUCUGUGGGCAGAGUCCACCCAGGAGGCAAGUCCAGAUCAGAACUCAAACUUAGCCGCAGCUUGUCAAAAUCGGACUCUGACCUUUUGACCACUUCACCAACAGAAGACGAUAAUAUGGGGAGCAGAAGUGAAUCACUUUCCAAUUGUAGUGCUAGCAAAAAAAGGCUGGAGAAAUCACCUUCCUUUGCUUCAGAGUGGGAUGAGCAGUUUCAACCCAAAGUGCCUGAUGUCUCCGAAGUUCAAUCUUUCUCCAAUAUUGAGAAAAUCAUGAGCUCCAUUGGUGAAGGCAUUGACUUUUCUCAGGAGCAGCAGAGAAUUUCAGGUUCACGGAUGCUGGAGCAGAGCGUUGGGGAGUGGCUGGAGUCCAUUGGCUUGCAGCAGUAUGAGAGUAAACUGCUUCUCAAUGGCUUCGAUGAUGUCCAAUUCCUGGGCUGCAAUGUUAUGGAAGAUCAGGAUCUCCGGGACAUUGGUAUUAGUGACCCCCAGCACCGCAGAAAACUCCUCCAGGCAGCACGUUCUCUUCCUAAGGUAAAAUCCUUGGGCUGUGAUGGGACUCAGCCUUCUGUUCCUGCUUGGCUUGACUCCUUGGGACUGCAGGAUUACAUUCAGUCAUUCCUGUCAAGUGGCUACAGUUCUAUAGACUCUGUGAAAAACCUCUGGGAACUAGAACUAGUUAAUGUGCUGAAGGUAAUUCUUCUUGGUCAUCGUAAGCGUAUAAUAGCCUCUCUGGCAGACAGGCCAUAUGAGGAACCUCCACAGAAACCACCACGGUUCUCUCAGCUAAGGUGCCAGGAUUUGAUAUCCCAGACAUCCUCACCACUGAGCCAGAGUGAUUCCUGCACGGGGAGGUCUGCAGAUCUCCUGUUACCUUUAGGGGAUACUGGAAAGAAGAGACAAGAGAGUAGCCGAGAUACUGCAUCUUACCCCAGAACUGACAGAAUCAAGACACAGGAGGAAUGCCGUGAACCUAAAAUUACACUCAGACCCCCAAGUCUGGCUGCUCCUUAUGCACCUGUUCAACACUGGCAGCACCCGCCCGAGAAGCUUAUAUUUGAGUCCUGUGGGUAUGAAGCCAACUAUCUUGGGUCCAUGCUAAUCAAAGAUCUUCGUGGUACGGAAUCUACACAGGAUGCCUGUGCAAAAAUGAGGAAAUCAACGGAACAUAUGAAGAAGAUCCCAACUAUAAUAUUAUCCAUCACUUAUAAAGGAGUGAAGUUCAUAGAUGCCUCUAAUAAGAAUAUUAUUGCUGAGCACGAAAUCAGGAACAUUUCCUGUGCUGCCCAGGACCCAGAAGACCUCUGUACGUUUGCCUAUAUCACCAAGGACUUGCAAACCAGCCACCACUACUGCCAUGUAUUCAGUACCGUUGAUGUUAAUCUGACAUAUGAAAUCAUUCUGACACUGGGGCAAGCAUUUGAAGUAGCCUACCAACUGGCCCUACAAGCCCAAAAAACAAAAUCUACAGGUGCUUUGACAUCUGAAAUGGUAGAAACAAAAUCUUCAAAACCAGUGCCUAAACCUCGAGCCAGCAUGAGGAAAUCAGCAGUGCCGCUCCCUCCCGAUAGUCGCUGUUGUUAUUGUCACACCUGUACUACACACCGUCCCUCCUAUCUGCCGCUGCAGUCUGUUAGUCAAGGAGCUAAGCUGGAGUCAUCUGAAGUGGACCAAGACUCCCAAUCCCAUGCUAGUGUGUCCUGGGUUGUAGAGCCCAAGCAGGAUUCCAAGAGGACCCUCAGCACUAAGUAUGAGACUACUAUCUUCUGAAAACCAAUCCUGCAUCCAUCCAUUCUAACCGUGCCUUUACAGUCUGAUCUGUCUGCUCUUCUAAACCCCUUCUUCCUCCCAUUGCUGGCAAUAGGUUUGGCACCAUCAGAGACAGCAGAACUAGGAUACCAUAAACUAAAUGGCUUUUUGUAUCUGAUUUCUACUGAACACUGUGAAUUCUCCUAACUCGGAAACAAGGGUAACUCACUGAAAGAGCCAUCUGUUUAAGAUGUCUGUGAGGUGGGAGAAACAAAGCCAAUGGGAGUCGAACAUAUGGAUUUGGGAAAACAUCUGAUACUUGUUGACUUUCUCUUCAUUUUGACACUGUGAAUUUCUGGGGUGAAGUAACACUCCACAGGCCUUUUCUAUUCAGAAUUCUUAUUCUUGGACUGUUUUAGAACUUUGGUCUCCAAUAGGUACAUGCUGUCUCAAUCUAGAUUUAUACCUCCAUACUGAGCCAUGGCCACAAACUGUUCCAACAAGUAGUGUUCUUUACUUGUCAUCUCAGAAGAUGCUAACCACUGUGAUACUGCUUGCAAACCUCUUGCUCACCAGAUUUCCUAGCAUGGAUCCUACUCACAAUCCUUGCUGUCCCUGGAAGCCUCAUUGCAUGGUAUAAUAUACAAGCCUAUUAGGUACUGUGACUGCUCCUGUUAAGCUCUUUUUUCGCUAAGAGUUGGGCUUAGUAUAGUUAGUGCCCUACAAGAAUAUUUUCAGCUGUCCUGUAAUACACAGGGGACCUGCUUUUUGCUAUUUUUAUUAUAGGAUUUGCCACUAGGAAUUUCUGUUUAAGCCAGCCAUUCUCCUUACAUUUUUUUUAAAUAUCAUUCUUUGGAUUUUGAAUCUGUUAAACCUUCCAAAGGCACAGAUCAUGAAUUCUAAACUGUGUGUAGAUGUCUAUUAAGGAAUCUAACCAAAAUGUACAAGGUAUGGGCGAUGGUGACAGUAGAAAGUAUUAUUCCUAUAGAACACAUUUUCCCUUUGAAAGAAAACAUUUAACAAUCAAAGCCUCAUGUUGACCUUAUCUCCCUGGAUAUUCUGCUAGAUGCAACAUUCUGAACACCCUGGAGAUUCAAAAGCAUUUUACCAUCCCCCAUUUCCAGACAGGCCAGUGUGUGUUGAUGUUUGGCUUCUCACAUUGUUCAACUAUAGUAAAGCAGCUAAAACUAGUUACCAUACCGGAUAAAGCUCUCAAACAUCUACCCAGUUUUCUCUGAGAGAAAGUCAUUCAGUAGAUUAAAUGGAGUCCCCAUAAUAAUUUCCAGGAGGUUUCCUUCACAGUUCCACUCUCCCCUGAGUGUCCUUCCAAUGUGAGCCCAUGUUCUUAUGCUCUUGUUUCAUUUUGCACAGAAACCAGGGUUGUAACAGCAGUGAAUAUUUAAACUCCUAUAUGCUACUUACACAUUCCUCCUUACAAAAAAGUGGUGAUAGUGUUAUAAUUCCUUGUAGCUUCCUUAACUUUUUACAGAUUUGUGUCUUUUUAAAGUACCUUUUAUAAUCAUGCUUGUUCCUUGCCUUGCUUCUGUGAGGCAAGAAACUUCAAGGUGCUGUAACUAUUUGUUCCAAAUUGGGAGCUUUCAUUGGAUAAGAACCAAAGUUCUUUUCAGAAGUUUCAAAAGGAAACCUAUAAUACCUUAGCCAGAACAUUCUUAAACUUAUAGUAGAAAACAGCUGCUCCUCUUCUUCUCUACUUGCUGCAAUAAAUUCGGCUGCUAGUCUUUGUGACAUAAAUAAAAAGAAGUCUUUAAAAAUUGGUUGAGAGGUAAUCUCAGAAUACAUCUGUGCUUUGCGUGUGUUCCUAUGUUUGAAUUCUUUAUGGGAAUUAAAGGAACACACAAUUAUUUCUCUCCUUUGAAGACCUUAAAUCUCCAUUGCUAUCCUGCAGUUCUCAGUAACAUCUGAAAGAGUUGUUGCUUCUUCUAAAAGAGUACACAUGCCUUUUAGUCAUGAAUUAUCUAGGAGAUAUCAAAGUAGCCAAUUAUGGACAUUCUUUUCCAUAUGGCUAACUCAAAGCUGUGGCUUUGUUAACUUGUCCAUCGUAGUAAGCAUCCUUCAGUUUUUUGACAUAAAUGAAAUCAUCCAUUCCCUUUUUAUAUUUCCAUUAAUAUUAUCCCCAUUCUGUUUGCUUCUGCCAAGCUGAACUACAGACAUCUGCGUUCCACCAAGGAAAUGUAGUAAAGGGGCAGAGUACUAAGAAGCGAUGAAAUCCUGGCAGUAUGAAGAUCAGCACCUGGCUCUGGGAUGUGUCCUUGGCUACACAUUAAGCUCUUCCAGAGUUGAGUGAAAGGAGAUUCCAGUGACAAACUAACAAAAAAAGCAGUAUGCAUUUCUAGCAAGAGAAUGGAGACUUCUGAGGUCAAGAAACUGAUGCCAUAUGUUCUAGCUUGAAAUAUUUUUUACAAGCAGUGAUAUUGUGAAAUCAGCAUAUUCAGUGUAGCAUAUUGCAUUGAUGGGGAUGAAAGAAAAUAGAGAAUAUGUUUUGUCAAUCAAAAAUGGCUGAGAGAACAUCAGAAUCAUUUAAUGGUAUAUUUCUCCCCUCAGCUUGGGUAAGUAGUAGACAGAUUCCCAAAUCUUUGCAUUUAUAAACAUUUAAUGUAAAAGUACUAAUACUAGAUGAUGAUUUACACACUUCAUAAGCUCACUAAGUGGGAAACAGAUUAAUAAAACCAACAAUCUGUAGCCUUGCAAAAUGCAGGUACAGGGCCUACUUUCACUGCAAAGAAAGGCAGCAUUGCAAUAUGUAUUUUCUGGUGAAAAUACAGCAGUUUUUCUCCCACAUAUAUACUUAUAUUGAGUAACUGGACUAUGUGAAAGUAAUUUUCACAUCUCAUUCAAUCGCCAUGUUUUAAAAAUAUGGUUGUGCUCUGGAGGAUUGGGAUUUUUAAGGUUUAUUCACUUAUUAGCACUUUUUAUACUACAUUAUUUAAGUAAACUUCUUGUAACAAUUUCAGAAUAUAAAAAUGUGGAGAGAUCUUGGGCAUUAUGCUGAAACAGUUGAGUUCUGGUUCAGAUGGAAGCUGUACUAUUAUGCUUCAUGUGACUUCACAGUCUCUGUUUUGACUGUGAUUAAUGCAUCUUUCUAUGGCCUUUUUGGAAAGAUGAGGAAGUGCAAAUAGAUCAGUGGUGGGUGUGAUGAGUUUAGUAUUCUGCUACUGUGUUAAUGGCUUGUUUAACUUUUCAGUUACUGCUGUAUCUUUAAGAUGUAAUUUAGUGUUAUUGCAGUUGAUGAAAAUGCAGAGGGAACCAAAUGACCAUUCAAAAGGUCUGGAUUUGAAAAUAAUUUGUAGAUGAAUUUUGGGAACAUGGCAUUCAUUUUAAGCCCAUAUGUGACUUGUAUGCUGGUGUUAGUAUAAAAAUUGGUAUACUGAUAAGCCUGUUCUGAGAGAAUGCAAACAACUAUUUUCUUUGAAGAAGGAUGGUUGGUUGCAGAAAGAGAUAGUGAAAGCUUCCUACUUGUUCUUUCCAGUGAUCAGGUGCUUCCUUUCUCAGAGUUUACACAGACAUAGCAAUAUCUAUGAUGGCAUCUCCUGUUUAGGCAAUCAAAGCCAUUGUGGACUUGGCUUAUCCUCAGAGCUUGAAAAGUUUGGAUGCUUGUACAGUAUUUGAAACUUUUGCCUCUUUGCAGGGAUUUACAUCACACUGAGAAAAAUGCCCGGUAUUCCUGGCACUGAAUUUUUGAGGUCUUCAAUGAAAAUGGUAUCCCUAGUCCUAUCUGUGCUCCUUUUGCCAGUGCUCCAUUAGUUUCCUGUUCCACAAAGAUGUCUGUAUUCAGAAGACUUAAAUUUCUAUAAUCCUUUUAUUCCAUUCUGGUCAUAAAAACUGGCCUUACGUUUUCCAAAAACUGAACUUGAGAAAAGUCUGUUUGAAUAUGAGGUACUUGCCAAUUUCCCCCUCAGAAAAACAAUUUAGAGCAGUUUCAAGUAGCAAGCUGUGCUGGCCUGCUUGUGGCACUUACAGAUCUGUUAUUUGAUAGUACAUCACAUUUUUUAAUAACUUCCACACUGAAACUGGAAUUGGUUCAGUAAUACUUCACUCCUCCAUUCUGUCUCCUUUUGCAUGUCAACAGGACUUUUUGCUAUGCUUGCCCCUGAGGGAGCAGGCAGAUUCUUGGUAACAGGCAGUUUGGUUUACAAUGUAGACACUUUUUUGCUAAUUGUGAUGUAUGGCAGUGGGACUGAUUUGUAAUAAAAUGUUAUUUAAUCUGUCUUUGUAUUUUGAUACUUGAACUAUUUCCUUUUUAUUUCCUGUAUAUAAAAAUGUUACUCUGUCCAGUUUGUGGUACCAAACAUAACUAAUCUGUGCAACAACAUAGACUGACCUCACUACAACAAGGCGAGAUUGUAAAUAUUCCUGGGCUUCCAGCAGUCGUUUUGUUGUUUUGUUUUUUCAUAAUUGUACAACUUAGAACAGACUAAAUUAAUAAAAUUAGACACACCUC